AUGGCGUCCCCCAUGGUCGAGGGCCGUGUCGAUCCUCACAGGAAAGCCCACUUUACACUGCAUAUCAGCGACGCGAUCGCAGACGGCGAGGUGGGAGAUUACACCAGCGUGAAAUGUAACACUUGUCCCAUGUCCUUGCCUUCCUCUCGUCUGAUAUCCCUUGCGACGGAUGCCUUGCUGACCCAACCAUCUCCAGACAAUCACAAGCCCGCCCAGACGACGUCCAAGCGAAGAACCACUCUGAUCUCCACGUCUGCGAGCAACUAUAGGCUUGCAAUCGAAGACGACAAAGCGGGCGAUAACAAGGAUGUCUUCGUGUUUACUGGACAGAAGACGGUGCCGAAGAAGUCAUACAUCCUGCUGUUCGACUCGAAUACGCAGAAGGCAACCCUAGAGCCACUCGCCUCGACGUACACGUUCAACAUAGCCUCCAAGAACGGCUCAGACAUCUCAUCCACGCACUCCAAGAUAUACCCCCGCAAGCAAAAAGACGAUGCGCCGGACGAGGCGGCGGCAGACGACCUCUUCGGCGGAGACAACGACGAUAACGGCGACGGCGACCCAGACUUCAACAACCCGUUCGACUUCCGCCAUUUCAUGAACGCAGAUAACAAGACCGGCAAUGAUUCAGAAUACGCGUUUGCGUCUUCGCCAGACUCUCGCACAGGCACAGGCUCCGCGAUGAAUACACCCCAAGUCACAGCGCGCAAGCCCGCAGCUGCCUCUUCGAAACCUAAAGCAACACCACAAGUGGCGCCCAAGCUCAAAAAGCGGAAGUCACCAGAGCCAGAGAGCAGAGCACAGAAGAAGGUUCCGCCAAAGAAGUCAGCACCUCCGCCAGCGGUACGCUUGGAGCGCCGUGCAACCGAUAACAAGCCUACGCGAAAAACGGCUGCGCCAUCAUCAUCAAAGAUCAAAUCCGCGGAGAUCGUUCAUUCAUCAGACGAGUCCGACGCCGACGCAGAAGGCGAACCGGACAACGCCUCUUCCCCUCCAGCACAUCCUUCCCCUUCCCCUCCUCACCGUCAUGCCUCGCCCGAAUCAGACGAAGACGAAGAAAUGGAAGAUGUGGGUAUCGAAGAGUCACAGUCAUCGCAAUCCCGCACCGGUGCGUUGGCUUCGCUUGGCCUAGGCCAGAGCAUCGGCCAAGGCUAUAUCAAUUCACCUGCAGGCGGCCCGAUAUCGCUCGCCAGCGCUGCGAGCAGUGUUCAAGGCUCGCCGGACCCGCCUACUUUUACGCCGCAUAAGUCGCGUACAAGACAUCAAGUGGACGAUGGGGUCAUCGACUUCGGGGAUCUUGGGGGUGGGGCAAGGAGUGAUGAUGAAGAGGAAGAUGCUGAGGAUGAUGUCAUGCAGGGCGUGGAGGAGGAUAGGGACGUAGAGUCGAUAAAUCUAGGAAGCCCGGUGCAGCAGCAGACCGCUCCUGGCGGUGGCGUUCCGCUGGGAGCGGACGCGGACGCGGAAGAGGAAGAAGAGGAUCCACUGCUGAAAGAGAUGAUGGAGGGACUUGCUGGUGGAGAUAGCAGUGAGGAGAGCGAAGAGGAGUAG